CAUAUUAAAACGGUACGAAUCUAAGAAUAUUUGUUUGUUAGAGGAGACCGCAGUUAGAUUAAUCGCACCGCCAAACGGUCGAUUCACUGUGCGUAUCUUGUCUUCUCCUCUGCUCCUGUUUCGCUAGAUUUGGCAGGCACCGAACGGUCUUCUAAUCCGUCACCGCAAUCUACGCUGCUUAAUUCACUUAUAAGGCCACAGCUCACUUAAGUCCGCUGCUUUUGCACUCCAAUGGCGAACCAGCUCUACGGCCGGCCUCCAUGGCUGCUGCUCGCCGCCGCCGCGGUGCUCUUGCUGGCUUCCUCUGCGGCCUCCGGGCUGACCACCGGUUACUACCGCAAGUCCUGCCCCAGGGCGGAGCAGAUCGUGGCGGAGGUGGUGAUGAACAAGCAGAUCACCAGCCCGACCACGGCCGCCGGCGCGCUCCGCCUCUUCUUCCAUGACUGCUUCGUCGGCGGCUGCGACGCCUCCGUCCUGGUCUCCACCAACGCUUUCAACCGCGCGGAGCGCGAGGCGGACAUCAACCUCUCCCUCCCCGGCGACGCCUUCGACGCGGUGGUGCGCGCCAAGACAGCGCUGGAGCUGGCCUGCCCCGGCGCGGUGUCCUGCGCCGACAUCCUCGCGCUCGCCGCCCGCGACCUGGUGACCAUGCUCGGCGGGCCGUUCUUCGCCGUGCCGCUCGGCCGCAAGGACGGGCUGGCGUCCCGCGCCUCCGCCGUGGAGGGCAACCUCCCGCGGCCCAACAUGACGGCGGGCGCCAUGGUCGCGCUCUUCGCCGCCAAGGGCUUCUCGGUGCGGGAGAUGGUGGCGCUCGCCGGCGCGCACACGGUGGGGUUCUCCCACUGCAAGGAGUUCGCGGCGCGCAUCUUCCAGGGAGGAGGAGCGUUCGACUCGGCCAUGGAGCCGCGAUUCGCGCGGGCGCUGAAGAGGGCGUGCGCCAACUACCUCAACGACGGCACCAUCUCCACCUUCAACGACGUGAUGACGCCGGGGAAGUUCGACAACAUGUACUACCUCAACCUGAAGAGGGGGCUGGGGCUGCUGGCGUCGGACCAAGCACUGGCGGCCGACGCGAGGACGCGGCCGUUCGUGGACCUCUACGCCUCCAACCAAUCGGCCUUCUUUGGCGACUUCAGCCGCGCCAUGGUGAAGCUCAGCCUCGUCGGAGUGAAAACAGAAAGCAAUGGGGAGGUCCGGCGGCGGUGCGACCAGUUCAACAACCUGGCCACCUGAAACAAGAUUGAAAUCUUUAAUUUGAUUGCGUUAUUGUUGUCGCUGGUUUGAAUCGAUGAAUACAAUUAUUUGGAGUAAA